AUGAGCGAACUCUUCACGCCCGAAGACCCGAAACCACCUAGCGAGUUACCGAAUCAACCACUGGCCGCUCGCAUCCGCCCCCGUACUCUCGACGAAAUCGCGGGGCAACAACACAUCCUUGCUCAAGGAAAACUCCUGCGCCGUGCCAUCGAAGCCGACCGCUUCACCUCCCUCAUUUUUUAUGGCCCCCCAGGCACGGGCAAAACAACCCUCGCCACCGUCAUUGCACAAUCUACGGGUUCACGCUUUGAGUCCCUCAAUGGCGUCGAAUCAAACGUCGCUGAAAUCCGCACAAAAAUCGAACAAGCCCGCACCUACCAGACACUCCGCGAGCAAACCACCAUCCUCUUCAUCGACGAAAUCCACCGCUUCAACAAAGCCCAACAAGACGUCCUCCUCCCCCACAUCGAACGCGGCACCGUGCGCUUCAUCGGUGCCACCCACCCACAACCCCUAUUUACGUUAACUCCCCCCCUCGUCUCCCGCUCUCAGAUCUUCGAGCUCGAACCCAUCUCCACCAACGACAUCCUCACCCUCCUUCACCGCGCCCUCACCGAAAAAGAAAGAGGCUUUGGCAAAAUGAAUAUUAAGGCCGACGAAGACGCCCUCCUCCACCUCGCCGAAAAAGCAGAUGGCGAUGCCCGUAAAGCACUCACCGCCCUAGAGCUCGCCAUCCUCACCAGCGAUGACACCGAAAGCGCCAUCCACCUCACCCUCGCCAUCGCAGAAGAAUCCAUCCAGAAAAAAGCCGUCCUAUACGAUUCCGAUGGAGACCAGCACUACGACACCAUCUCCGCCUUCAUCAAAUCCAUCCGCGGCUCCGACCCCGACGCUGCCCUCUACUGGCUGGCCAAAAUGAUCACCGCAGGAGAAGAUCCCCGCUUCAUUGCCAGGCGCCUCGUCAUUUCCGCUUCUGAAGACAUUGGCCUCGCUGAUUCCUCUGCCAUCCAAGUCGCUAUCGCCGCACAGCAAGCCCUAGAAUUUGUCGGCAUGCCGGAAGGUCGCAUUUCUCUCGCCCACGCCACCGUCCACCUCGCUACCGCCCCAAAAUCCAACUCCUCCUAUGCCGCCCUAGGCGAAGCCAUGCAAGACGUGGCCCAAGGCAAAACCCUUCCCGUUCCAAUGCACCUCCGCACCAAGUUUCGUAAAAAAUUGGCUACCGAAUCCGGAGCCGACACCGCCGCCAUGCAAUAUCUUUACUCCCACGACUACGAAGGCAACUUCACCCCCCCAAGCCUAUCUCCCCGAAGGCCGCACCUACUAUCACCCCACCGAAAACGGCCUAGAAAAAAGAAUCAAAGAACGUAUCGAGCAUUGGAAAAAUAA